AAAAUACCUAUUGAUUGGAGUUUAAAGUCUAAGUUACGUAUUGCUAGUACAGAUAAUUUAUCAUGGUGUAUGAACAUGAAGUCAUUUGAUGAAGCUACAGGUCUACAGAGUUUUCUUACUUGUCAAGAUAAAAUAACUUCAUUUCAGUGGGAUAGUCCAGAGUCAUCUUUUAAAAGAUGUUCAUUAUAUUGGCAACAUCCAAACUUACCCUGGACAAAAUUGUUUCCACGUAUUGUUUCAGAAAAUAAAAUAAGUCGAACUAAUGUUAUAGUAAAUAAUGAAGAUAUAAAGAAAAGUUUAUUCAGUGAUUGGUCUGAGAGUUUCACCUCUGUAUUCCACCAACUACGCAGUAACUAUUGUCCCUAUUUCUAUAUCUGUACCCAUCAGUUUACUGUAUUAUUUCGUGGACAAGGUAUAGCUGGGAACUCUACUAUAACAGCAUUACUGUCGCCUACUACUAGAGGUUUCAGAGAGGCUCUUAAAUUAGAAGGUAUUGAAUACUCUAUGCCAAUAUUAGAGAAAAAGAAGAUGAAUAUUGAAGGAGAGACCACAGAAGAUGAUGGUGGAGAAGACUGUUUAGAUACAGAUGAAGGAGCGUCGGUUUGGUUAGAGAGUAUGGGACUGGAUAAAAAACAGUUCCCAUCUUUAGAUCCAAACAAGAUAAUCAGACAAAAAGAAGGAUAUAGAAAAGUUGACAACAGACCAGAAUCUAUGUUAUUAAUACAAGGCAGUGAAGUACAGGGGUUGUUUAACUUCCUGUUGAAUUGUCGUAGUUGUAUAGCUAGUAGUGGUGAACAAGCUGGUCUACCACCAACCAUACUGUCACCUACACCUUUUAUAGGCUCUACAUUUAAAUCAUAUAAGGUCAAACAUUCAACUGCUAAACAGACAGAUAGUGAAGGCAAUUCAUUUAAAUCAAAUAUUUUAGAAAUUACUGGUCCAAUAUUACCACAUAAUAUUUUAAAUUUAACAUCAUUAUUAGAGGAAAGACUAACUAGUGAUUUUAGUUUAACAUUUAAUAAUCAUGAACCUACUGCUCCCUUUAAUAUCUAUCUUGAAUCUCAGACUGAAACCACAAAUUGUGAUAGGAAUAAUAUGAAUUUAAGGCCUGAUGUGAACUUUAGACUCUAUAAUAGCCAACAAUUAGAGAAAAAUGUGUGCAGUAUUAAAAUGAUCAAUAAAUCUGACAAUGGUUUUUCUGUGACAAUUUAA